AAUAAGAAACUAAACAGAAAAAAAGAAGAGCGAACAAGAAAAAGAAGAAACAAAAGUGAGUAAAACAAACAAAGCUAAAGUCCAAAGGAAGUUACUAGAUCAUCAGUUCAUCCGUUUGAAGCUAAACAUUUGCCCUUAGUAACAAAACUGCAAUCCAAUUGAAGACGUUAGAACGAAACAAACUGUGAUUCAUCUGCUGUGAAACAAAACAUUAUCUUUUCAAGAUUGCUGUUUGAUAAGAAGAAGAAACUUUUUUUUGGUGUGAAUAUCUAAAGUGAUCCGUGAUUAAUCUCUUGCAUUGUUUGUCGCCAUCUUUAUCUAAACCAUCUUUAAAAAACGUUAAACAUUGCGAUAAUAACUUUUUGUGCCCUGUUUUAACUUAUUGAAUCCAUGAACAAAAAAGCUUAUCAAAGGAAACCCAAAAAACCCUGUUUAUUCAAAGGAUAAAACCAAAUAAUUUUGCUGAUAACCGUUUAACUGGGUUGCUUGGUUAAAGUGGAAAAUACAGCUGGAAAAAGACAAAAUUUUAAACUGACAAGUGAUUUUGUUUGACUCACUGUUUGUUAAAUUGUUAGACCGAGUUAUUAGAAAACUAUUCAAGUUUUUCUUGGUAAACUAAAUUUCGACGUUAUUGGAAGCGGUAAAAUAACCAGCUAACAAGUUACCUCAAGAAGUUAAGAAAAAAACUGAACAAGAAAUAGAAAAAAGGACAUUUUUUCUCACAUUUUCUUAGUUUUAUUCAUUUCUCCAAGCUCGUCAACCCGGAACAACAAGAGCGUUACCUCAACGGUUGGGUUAAGUUUUGUGUUGUACUUUUUUGUGUUUAUUUCAACCGACUACAAUUUUUACUUCACACAAGCAAGUCGUCAACGUUAAACAGUAAGCAAGGUAACAUUAGAUCAACAGGAGCAACAAUAUUCACAACAACAAGCAGUGAACCAGCAAGCAUCAAUCAACAAGUUGAAGAGGAAAGGUAUUGAAAUCCAUCAUCGUGUAAACAAGAGCCAAUAAAACAAAUGCAGGAAAAAAGUAGAACUGGAUAAACCAAAAGGAAAAAAAAUUAUCAAUCAUCUUUUUGUGGGUGAAUUAAUUGUUUUUGCUGUCUAUUUAAUUGUAUGAAAAUUGUUGCUACCAAUGUUUACUUUGUUCGUGGUGCAAACUGUACUUUCAGCUUUUGCAGCAACCAGUGGCCUAUUGUUCAAUGGUUAUAUUUUAAGUGUUUUGAUUUGGCAAAAGCGCAUUCAAAAUGCAAACAAUUUAUUCUUACUGAACCUUGCCAUAGUCGAUAUACUUUUUUGUCUCACAGUAUUGUUUGGUAAUACAUCAUUGAGCAUCUUCAUUGGCUCUAAUUUAUCUUCGCUACCAUCAUCAUCGCUUUCCUCGCCAAUAUUAGUAUUAACAUCUUUAUCUGCUUCAUCUUCACCAAUAAUUUCUGCAUCUUCAAAUAGUGAGCAAAAUUCAUUUCAACCAACUGUUGAACAAGAGCAACCUCCACCAACACCACCUUGGAUGCUUGAUGAUCAUGGGAACUUGAAUCAAAUUAAUAAACCAUCUUAUACUGAUGCUUUGAUUUCAAAUUCAGAACUAGUAAAACAAAGGGUUGAUCUAUCUCCAACAUUUCGUGCGCCAUCGUCAAAUGAGCAAACAGAUUCACCUUUUGAGCUUCCUAAUACAAUCUCAGCUGAUGUUUCACCUUCAAUUAUACCAACUGCAUCUGAAGGGGAAACCAUUUCAGCAGCUUCAUCAUCUUCAAUUUCGCCUUCAUCUUCAUCAUGGAUAAUUGUUCCUACUCCAUUCAGUUUACUCUCUCUAGUCACCAAUUUCCAGGGCUACCUUUGGACUGCUUUUCCCAUUAUUUUUGUCUGGACUGUAGCCGGACUUACAAUAGACAAAUACAUUGCCAUUUCAUUUCCACUUCAUUAUUCACGACUCAUCUCCACUCGUAGAGCAACAUUAGCCCUUUUAAUGGCCUGGCUUAUGGGUUUGACUUUAGCGUUUCCACCUCUUUUAAGUGCAGGUUGUAGUUACACCUACAGUCUUUACCGUUCCUCGGCCACAAUUACCUGUGAUACCUCAUCUUACCCGUGGUUUGGACUUGUUUAUAUUGUUAUUUAUAUACUUUUCUCAAUCCUAUUACCACUCCUUGCCAUAACCAUUUGUAACUUUCACAUCCUCCUCAUUGCAGAGGAUCAUCGACAUCGCAUAAUUACAGCAAUCUAUGAAAUAACAUUAAGAGCAGGAGGUGGUGGCGGUUCAUCCAAUGCUAAAUCAACAGGAGUAACAGCAACCUCACUUAGUCCAGGUUCACCACCAACUGUUUCACCCUUGCCAUCAUCUCCAAUUUCACCAUUACCAACAAAUCCUCCUCCGCACAACCCAAUUAAUACUUGUACACUUGAAUCAUGUCCACCUGUACCUUUGUCUCAAUCCAAUCCAACUGGAUCUUCUGGAAAAAGUCGAUCUGCUGAAUCCUUAUCUCGCCGUCGAGGUAAAGACGCUUUUCUUCCUGUUACUCAACUAGUUGGCUCUUUACUUCUCUUUACAACGCCACACUACAUUAUAUUUUGCCUGGAAUCUCUCGAUAAAAUAUUCAUUGACCCUUACAUAAUCUCACUAGUAACCCUGUGCCUAACCCUGAUGCCAACCAUUAAUGCGUACAUUUAUGGUGUUAAAAGUCGCCUCAUACGAACCACAUUUAAACGUUUACUUCAUCGCUAUUUGUACAAACAGGAUGUUUCUCUUGAAAUUGAACGAAGACUCUCACUUCGAUCCCAAGGAUCUCAGAAUAGCCUUUUCAGAUCACACAAUGGUCGACGUAACUCUUGUCCAAUACUCGUUCAAACAUCUCCACGAGUGAGAUCUGAUUUUUGGUUUACUUUUGGUUCAUCAAGUAACAAUAACACUUUGACAACAACCACGACAACCAUCCACAACAAUAACAACAAUAAUUAUGGUAAAUUAGGAGCAAAUUGGUCGCCAACAUUUUUAGUUAAUUAUGGACAUCCAUCAAUAUCUAUUCAAUAUCCAAGUCACUUCAACCCUGCUCACCAAAAUUACAAUUAUUAUCCAAUUUUGCGCCGUCAAUCAUUGUGCAUAAUGGAAAACGCUUCUGGCUCCAAUAAUAAUGUUAAUCUUUGCAACAAUAGCACCAGUAAUGAUAGUGAAAACCUUAAAUCAGGACUCACCUAUCCAACUCAUCGGGUUUUCAACCAACAAAGCUUAUUCCCGUUCAAUAGGUUACUGGCAAUAGAUUCAGUCGUCAAAUUAAGUCCAAUUGAAGAGCAAACAGCGACAAGUGACAAUGUUUAAAUAAGGAAGCAAUUAGUUUUUGACGCCGUUAAGACCACAUAAAUAUUUUAACCUCUCAAUCUCCGACAAUUCAUCUCUCUACUUAAUCAAAAUCAUUUCCAUCAUCACCAUCAUCUCAUGCACAUCAAUAUUAAUACAAAACAACAAUUUUUCUAUCGACAAUUUCUCAUUGAGAAUCAUUUUACUAUUGCUAAUAUUAUCAUUAUCAUUAUUAUCCAUCUUAAAUGAAAUCUCCAAAUAUUCUGUCUGGUAUCUAAAUGAAUCUAAACAACCAGAAAAAAAUGAACCCAAAAUGUCCAUUUACUGUUAUUUUUACUAGAAAUUACCUUUUUUUAAAAUUCCUAUCCCUUUGAUCACAGUAGACACUUUGAUUUUCCCCAUCAUAUGUAAUCAAAUUUGAUUUUUUUGAGAGGAAACCUAUUUAAAGUAAUCAUUCCAAGUAUUGAUGUAAUACAAAUCAAUGUUACUUAUUAAUAUCUCAACAAGGUGCCAGAAAAAUAAAAGAGUUGAAGCUAUAAAAAGAUGAAUAAAAUUUUUUUAAGAUUCGAAAGUGCCAAGUUUCCAUGACAGAAUCUUUUUACAUAUUCAGAUGAUAAUAAUAAAUAAGGUAAUAAAUGAUAAAUAAUGAUAUGUUGAUCUGAUAAAGUUAAAUCCAGUCAACCAAGAAAUCAUCGGAUGAUGGUGAUGAUUAUCAACAAGAUUUAUGAAAGAUUUGAUAGUAAACCAAAAAUAUAAAUGAAAAAAGAGAUUUAAAUAUAAUGAUUUUUAAAAAAUUACCAAAAAUUGAAGUUUUAUUCAUCACUAAAUUAUUAAUAUUAACCUUUUUGCACAUGAAAAUCCAACAAGAAAACACCCAAACAUGUCCCAAGAAUAAAUAUCUUGAAAUUUGUGAA